GGAUAGGGUGCAAAAUUUUGUAUUUUAAUUUUGUGAAUAUUGAGAUUUGAGAUCUAACGGUCAAGUGAUACUGAUCCAAAGGAGGAACGCAACGGAAAAACUGACAAAUCCAUGAAGUCCACGUGGCGGGAGCUAAACUGACACCAAUCUCCGUCCUUCACGGGUCCUUUCCCUCUGCGAAAGGAAAAAAGAUUAGGGACAUAAUAGUAAAUCCACAGCUCCGACUCUUACACGUUCCUGCGCAGGGUAGCGCACAAAAGGAAGAAGCUUCACUACAAAGACAUUGACGCCGCAACAGAUUUGCAGGACCACCGGACCACCGGUCCCAUCGGAGAGAGAAGAGCGCCGACGUCCAUCGCUACAAGUCCACCCUCCUCCUCCUCUCUAUGUGUUCCGCGAUCGCGGCGUCUUAAGCAUCGUCGGUUCACACUGUUCCAUCGAGCUCCCUUUCUACGCCGACUGCAGAGCUCGAGUUCCAAGGAAGAACCGCGUAGCAGAUUCAGAUCGCAGAAGGACAGUGAGAGAGAGAGAGAUUGAGUUAAACGACACCGUUUUGGUGGUGAAAUGACAAAGUCGGUGCUGAGCUAGACUGCACUAACUCUUUCACCUGUACCUCGGAGGUUGGUUGAGUAAAACCCCUGAUUAUCUUCCUGUUGAUGGAUGCUCAUAUAACCAAUACUGCUGUUAUGAAUGGAUGGUCCUUGUAUAUGUAUCUUUGACAACUGCAACUACUUUGUCAUUAAUUGAUAAUCUGUCUUGCAUUUUAGUGAGAGCAAGAGUAACUCAGAGUAUUUGACUAUUUGGGUAUGCUUUUCCUUUUUGAGAAUUUGUCAAUUAUGGGUUUGUUUUGAUUUUAUUGGUGGGUGGGGUAAAAAAGAACAAAACUGGAGUGUGAAAAAUGGGGGCAAUUGGUGGGGAAGAACUAAAGAAGUUGGAGAAGCUGCAAAUGGCAAGUGCUCGUGAGGAGAGGAUUCUUGUCUUGGUAAGGUUGAGGCCUUUGAGUGAGAGGGAAAUUUCAGCAGAUGAAGUGGCGGAUUGGGAGUGCAUCAAUGACAACACCAUCCUAUACCGUAACACCCUCCGGGAAGGUUCAACAUUUCCUUCAGCAUAUACAUUUGAUAGAGUAUUUCGGGGUGACAGCUCGACAAAGCAAGUGUAUGAGGAAGAAGCCAAGGAGAUUGCUCUUUCUGUUGUCAAUGGUAUAAAUUCGAGUAUCUUUGCAUAUGGACAAACAAGCAGUGGAAAGACAUACACUAUGACUGGAAUUACUGAGUAUGCCGUGGCAGAUAUAUUUGACUACAUACAUAAACAUGAAGAGAGAGCAUUUGCCAUGAAAUUCUCAGCAAUUGAGAUCUACAAUGAAGCUAUUAGAGACCUUCUAAGUACAGAUAAUACUCCACUUAGGCUGCGUGAUGACCCCGAGAGAGGAACUAUUGUGGAAAAAGUCACUGAGGAAACCCUGAGGGACUGGAACCAUUUACAGGAGCUUCUUUCCAUCUGUGAAGCCCAAAGAAGGAUAGGGGAAACCUCCCUAAAUGAGAAAAGCUCCAGGUCUCAUCAAAUUAUUAGAUUGACGAUUGAGAGUUCUGCUCGUGAGUUCCUAGGCAAAGAGAAUUCGACAACCCUUGCUGCUAGUGUGAAUUUUGUUGAUUUGGCUGGAAGCGAACGUGCUUCUCAGUCAUUAUCUUCUGGUGCAAGGCUGAAAGAGGGUUGCCACAUAAAUCGAAGUUUAUUGACUCUGUCAACUGUUGUUCGUAAACUAAGCAAAGGGAGACAAGGACACAUCAAUUACAGAGAUUCUAAGCUGACUCGCAUCCUGCAACCUUGCUUAGGUGGCAAUGCUAGAACUGCCAUUAUUUGUACUUUGAGUCCUGCUCGAGGACAUGUUGAGCAAACUCGAAACACUCUUUUGUUUGCUUGCUGUGCAAAAGAAGUUACUACAAAAGCACAGGUCAAUGUUGUCAUGUCUGAUAAAGCCUUAGUUAAGCAUUUACAAAGAGAGUUAGCCAGACUGGAAAGUGAAUUGAGAAGUCCUGCUCCCAUUUCCUCGAAUUCUGAUUAUGCUGCCCUACUAAGAAAGAAAGAUCUUCAGAUUCAAAAGAUGGAAAAGGAAAUUCGAGAAUUGACUCAGCAGCGCGAUCUUGCUCAUGCUCGGGUUGAGGAUUUACUAAGGAUUGUUGGACAGGAUCAAUAUUCUGAGCAGUCGGCUAGGGCAAGUCUUCAUCCUGAUCAGCAAGUUGGAGAUGCAUGGGAAGAUGAAUAUUCAGCUUCUGAGGCUGAAUCUCAUCAACAAGAUGUUGGUUUUAAAAAGUUAAAUAGAAGCCAUAGUAAUGACACAGAGAGUGAUGAGAAUCAAAAGAACACUGAAGACCAUUUUGUAUCUGAUGAUGAUCCUGAUGAGCAGUGCAAGGAAGUUCAGUGUAUUGAAAUAGAAAACUCAAGUAGGGAUAAUAACUCUGAAUUUCAUACCUUACCAGAUGGUGAAAAUGAAGGAAUGCCAACAUUGGCACCCGACGAUGGAAAUAUUGCUGGUCAGGAAAUACUCUCAAUGCCACUAAAUGGAGAUAGAGAAGUGAAUCAUGUUCAAAGUGGUUUUACAUACGAUGCAUUAGAGCAAGGACUCCAUGAUGUACAGAGGACUGUUGAUUCUCUUGUUAGGCCUUCACCAAAUGAGUCAUCUCUGGCUGCAGCAGAGUCGUCAAGUUCUAGAAGCCUGAAGUUAACUAGGAGCUGGAGCUGUAGAGCAGAUGUCAUGGCUAGUGACAAUGCUAGCACCCCACCUGCAUUGGAGAAAAACUUUCCUGGAAGACCUGAAGGUUAUGGAGGGAAAUUCCCUUUAUUAAAUUAUGGUGCAAAUGAUGGAGUGUUGACAAGGAAUAACUCUCAGUCUUCUCUUGGAAGUGCUUCAGUAGAUGACGUAAACGCAAAUAGAAUUAAAAGUUCCACAGAUGAAGAUAUUACUAGUAUUCAAACUUUUGUUGCAGGACUGAAAAAGCAACUUGUUGAUGUUCAGGGCACAGGGCUAGAUACGGAGAAUUUAGGCAACAGCAUGAAAGAUGUAGGAUUCAACCCAAUGCAUGAAGCACCAGGAACUCUUUCAGAUUGGCCUCUGGAAUUCGAGAGGCAGCAGAGAGCUAUAACUGAACUUUGGCAAGCUUGCCAUGUUUCACUUGUUCAUAGAACAUAUUUCUUCCUGCUCUUUAAAGGUGAUCCCACAGAUUCUAUUUAUCUGGGGGUAGAGCACAGGAGACUUUCCUUCCUCAAGGAAACAUUUUCUCAGGGUAAUAAGGCUGUACACGAUGGUCAGACUCUCACACUUGCUUCAAGCAUGCGAGCUCUUCGCCGUGAAAGAGAGACAUUGAGCAAGCUGAUGCGCAGAAGAUUUUCAGAGGAAGAGAGAUUGCAACUGUACCAGAAGUGGGAUAUUGGAUUGAACUCGAAGCAACGAAGGUUGCAAUUAGUCAAUCAGUUGUGGACAGAUACAAAUAAUAUGGAACGCAUCAAGGAGAGUGCUACCAUUGUUGCAAAGCUGAUUAGGUUUGUAGAGCAGGGACAAGCCAUCAAGGAAAUGUUUGGCUUGAGCUUUACUCCCGCACGACCAAGGCGAAGAUCCUUUGGUUGGAAAAACAGCAUGGCUUCUCUUUUGUGACAUUGGUAAUGCCCAAAUACACGUAUAAAGCAACCAUAGGUAAUUUCUUUAAUUGGGUAGGCUACAGCAUUCCUUUCUGUGAUUGAAACUGUAACAGAUUGUGAUGAUGAUAGUGUGGUAUAAAUUCUGAAACUUCACCUGAUCAGGGCAGAAGCAAAAUCAGGCUUUGGUAUAAUUCCUUUGCCUUUCUGGUUUUGGGUGUAAAGGUUUGGUAUUGCUCCUUUGAUACCUGUUAUGUAGAUGACUCUAGAUUCCAUGGUAUGGGUAUGGAAAUAGGGC